CUAUAUCCAUAUCAGUUUGUUGACAGCGGAUAGUGUGGUAGUAAUCGGAGUUAUAUGUGUGCAUUUGCAAGAUAAUUUGCAAUAUGACAGAAGGCAAAGUGCAGAUUAGGCACUGUGCAGCAGUUUCACUGCUACUGUACAGCCGAUGAGGCAUACGUAGAGCAGAAAACAUAGAGACGUAAAAAGGUGAGCCAUUUAAGCUCGCGAUGGGCAGCAUAAGGAUUGAUGUGACGUGGUGUCCCAGCCAUGCGAACAGAUUCUUCACUGUAGGAACAGAUCUGCGUUUGUAUGAAACUCAAAGCAGUAAUGGGAGAACGGAAGACGCAAGUCGAGAUGUACUCCCAGGAGCUGACCUACUUUCCAUCAAUGCAGAUUUUCAGUAUUUAAGGUGCCUCUCAUGUUGCCAAAGUCCGGACUUGGACGUCUUAUUGGCAGUCGGCCAAGACAGUGGAAAGGUGGUCCUCGCCAGCUUUGGCCGGACCUACAACGGUGCUGGUUUGGUUGGCCGUGAAUUCUUGCCCAAGCAGAUGCGCCGCUGUAACACGGUCGCAUGGAAUCCUGUGGAGUUCAACAUUUUGGGAGCUGGGCUUGACAAGCACAAAGGCGACAACUCCAUUCUCAUUUGGGAUGUGCAGCAGACAAGCAGCAGUAGUGUAACCAAACCUAAAGAAGAAUAUGGGUAUUCGGAGUCGGCACAGUCGUUUUCGUGGUUUUUUCACCAGCCCCGCAGUUUCGUCUGUGGCAUGAACAACAAGCACAUAAAAAUUUUUGAUCUCAGAGAGGGGGCACGAAGGAACAGCACCACGACGAAAGCAUGUUACGGAGUCUGUGUUGAUCCCUUUGUGGAACACAGAAUUGCUUCAUACCAGGGGAACCAAAUAGUGCUAUGGGACAUAAGAAAUUUCGACAAACCUGUGACUACACAAACAGAAAGUGGGCAGGUAGUGAAAAUAGCAUGGUGCCCGACAAGGUCAAACUUAAUUGGUCUCUUUACAAAAGACAGCAAUGUAGUCAAGCUGUACAACAUUCAGCAGUCACCGGCUCUUGCAGACGACGUUGAACCCACAAUGGUCGAGAGGUUCAUUCAACCUUUCAACAAUGUGAUGCUUAGUUCCUUCUGCUGGCAUCCAACCAAUGAGAACCGGAUGCUCGUGAUCACACCUGAUAAUCAAGCCAAGGACUACAUGGUCUUUGACAGAAUUGCCCUGAACUGGUCACCAGCAAAUAUAGUGUGGACACAUGCAAAGAAACUGAUCCACUAUUGGGACUGUACGGAUGACGGCUACAGCCUGUUGGAUGACUAUGCUGUGAAGAUGCGGCAGCGUGCCCUCCUGGGAUAUGGGUUGAAGGAAGAAGAACUGUGGAAAAACGCUGAGACACUGCCAGACAACAAGCAUUUGAAGGUCUUGUGGUCGUGGUUGGAUGUGUUGAAACUGCUAGAUGAUUCCUCCAAGUUGAGGCUAGUGAACAAGAAUGACUAUGCAGUGGGUGUGCGUGCCAUUUUACAAGACCUGACGCACCCUCGACAGCCGGACAGCGGCCUACGGCAGGCCCCCAAUUCUUAUUCUUUUAUGACUUAUUCCAGUAAAGAAAGGGAUAAGGCCCUCUGGCUGUGUGGCUGGAAGACUAGGCAUGAAAACCUUCCCGCAAACAUAUUCUCGGAGAGGCUAGCGAGGCAUAGCAGCUACUCCCGCAAGGCAGCAGUGCACCUCUUCAACAUGCGCAUCAAGGAAGCUAUUGUAGUGCUCAAGGAGGCUGCAAAUGCAAAUCCAGAUUCCAACGUUAGCAUGGUAGCGAUGGCGCUCUCAGGUUACACAGCCGAGACGCGUGAUGCCUGGAGGAGCAUGUCGCGAGCGUUACAGCUUUCCUUGGGCGAUCCCUACCUAGAAGCCCUCUUCACAUUUCUCACAUCUGAAGAUGAUGGAUACUGGGAGCUUCUCAAUGACAGAAAUUUAGCAGUUGAGGACAGAAUAGCUUUUGCUUGUGUUCAUCUACCGGAUGCAAAGCUUGUACAGUAUAUUGAGAGGCUCACAACAUCCACAUUGGAAGAAGGCAACUUGGAUGGAAUCUUACUCACAGGCAUGACAGAAGAAGGCGGAGAAUUACUGCAGAAGUACGUCGACCUCACGGGAGACAUCCAGACAGCUAGUCUAGCCCUCUUACAUGCUCACUCUAGUCCCUUGAGUGGAAACUCCCAAGCUCAGCUCUGGGUCGACAGGUACCGCAACCUUCUGGACCGCUGGAGGCUGUGGCACGAAAGGGCUCAGUUUGACUGUGCCUGGGCACGGCACCACUCGGGAAGCAGUUCCGUUCCAGGGCAGCAGGUUGUGGUCAGCUGCAACUUUUGUGGUCUUGCAGCUUCCCCCUACCUGCACAUGCAAGGGGCCCUGCAGGGACGGGGGCCACGAAGUACAGGGGCUAGUGGUCAGGCAGGAUCACACCUGAAUGUGUCCACACCAUCCGUACAGAAGUCAAAGGUGACCUGUUGCCCAAGCUGCAGAAAGCCCCUGCCACGUUGUGCUUUGUGCCUGACUAAUCUGGGUACACCUGCAGGCAGCUACUGGAGAAAAUAUGAGCACAUGGAUCAAGUAAAUGAUGAAAAACUGUCAGAUUCUUCAACAUGGUUCACCUGGUGCCAGACAUGCCGCCACGGAGGUCAUGCGAGUCAUAUCAGCGGAUGGUUUAAAGAACACACAGAAUGUCCAGUCACUGGAUGUUCCUGCAAGUGCUGGUUCCUUGGAUCACCGCCGGGAGAUCUCUGAACAAAUUAUGUGUACUGGCAUUAAUCACAAUGGCUAAUGGCAAAAUUCUACAGAAAAAACAGUCAACAUGUCAAGUCAUUGUUGAUAUAUUUGAGACGCAGGAGACUUCCCCCCGAGAGACUGCUGUUGAGCACGUGUGAAUGCUAGAUUUUCGAGCUGGUAUUCCAUGUAUUAUAGUUUUUGUUUUAAGAAUACACUUGUCACAAAGUU